GGAGGGGGGGCGGCACUGGGGCAGCGAAAGAGGAUCCAUCCUCCUGACAAGACAAUUGUACCAAACUGAUGCCGUCCGGUGUGUGGCCGUAGCUUUGGACAUUCAAUGCGGGGUUGGGAACUGCGUGGGUUCACCCCGAAUACAUGCCCUAAAUGCAUAAGGUAGAAAGGACGCCUGGAACUUCUAAUGUGAUGCAUCUACACACAAGGAAUAUUACUCGUUUAAGAUGGGUAAUAAGCAGACGAUAUUUACUGAUGAACAGCUCGACGCCUAUCAGGACUGCACCUUCUUUGCCCGCAAAGAAAUCCUCCGGUUACAUGGCAGAUACCAUGAGUUGGCCCCAAACUUAGUGCCAAUGGACUAUACCCAUGAGCCGGAUGUGAAACUGCCCAUUCAACUCAUAACAAACAUGCCAGAACUAAAGGAAAAUCCAUUCCGAGAACGAAUUGUGGAGGCCUUCUCCGAGGACGGACAGGGAAAUCUCAGUUUCAAUGACUUUGUGGACAUGUUCUCUGUGCUCAGUGAAAUGGCUCCUCGAGAACUAAAGGCAAUCUAUGCCUUUAAAAUCUACGAUUUCAACACUGACAAUUUCAUCUGCAAGGAGGACCUGGAAAAAACCAUUAAUAAACUAACACGAGAAGAGCUGGCCCCAGAGGAGGUAACUCUGGUCUGUGAGAAAGUCAUUGAAGAAGCUGACUUGGAUGGUGAUGGGAAACUGGCAUACCCAGAUUUUGAGAAUGUGAUCUCCAGAGCUCCAGACUUUCUCAGCACUUUCCAUAUCAGGAUCUGAAGAACCCAUUUGGAUGAAAUGGAUACAAGUGAAAAUGAGGCUUCUGCCUUUUGACAACGUAAUGUUUUGCACCUGUUGUGCAUGGAUACAAGAGUUGUCUAACUUCAAACCUGUUGAACUGGAGAAAAACAGCUCGCUAUUUUUUU